AAAACUUCAAAUAUUUUUGGGCGGAAACAGAACAGCCACUUAUAACCACGAGCUUCAUCAUAACUACGCUAGUUCAGGAACCACAACCGGUACCAAGCUCGAAGCCAGAAUCCCCGAAGACUAAAAGCACACUGGAGAAAAUAUUGGUCUACCAGAAUCUGCCAGUGAGCCGAGAAUAUGUCGCGCACCUUACCCAACAUCAUCAUCACAGGCACGCCGGGCACCGGCAAGACCAGUCACUGUGAGCUUCUCGCCGAGCGCACGGGGCUCAAGCACCUCUCGAUCAACGACGUGGUCAAGGACCGUGAGUGCCAUGAGGGGUGGGACGAUGAGUACCAGAGUUGGAUUGUGGAUGAGGACAAGCUCCUCGAUGCCAUCGAGGACGAGGUCAAGCAGGGCGGUUACAUAAUAGACUGGCAUGCGUGCGAUCUGUUCCCCAAAAGCUGGAUCGAUUUGGUGGUAGUGCUGCGGGUGGAUACGGCGACGCUGUAUGACCGUCUCACGGCCAGGAAAUACCCCGAGGUCAAACUUCAGGAGAACAUCGACUCGGAGAUCAUGGAUGUGCUGUUGCAGGAGGCAAAGGAGUCGUACGACGAGGAGAUCGUCGUGGAGUUGCAGAGCGUGACGGCGGAGGAGAUGGAGAGCAAUGUCGAGCGCAUCGAGCAGUGGCUGGAGCAGUGGAAGAAGAACAAUGCCACAUAGCACCUAUAUAAGCGGUGAAGCCCCGAAUCUAUGAGAUAUGACAUGCCAUGACCGCUUGACCUUUGACUGCGGUAUCUCAUAGGCAGUGAGCGGACUUUGUCAAGCUGCUGGUUACGAGGGUUGGUAAUUUCACCUAAACAUGCAACAACAGAGGCUUUUGCCAUCAGCGGGGCU